AUGGGAUCAGUUUCCAAACGUCCACCGAAGCCAUGGAUUGAGACGCCGUGUGUCUACUCGGCUCCCUUGUCUCGGGCUGCUGGCUGCAACAUCUAUCUGAAACUUGAGAACUUGCAGCCCUCAGGCUCCUUCAAGUCUCGCGGAAUAGGUAACCUCAUGUUCAGGGCGGUUGAGUCGACCAACUCUCCCUCAACCUCAGCAGAGGAUGUUCACUUUUACUCUUCCUCGGGUGGGAACGCCGGCUUGGCUUGCGCGACAGCUGCUGCGACACUCAACCGGCCCGCCACUGUCGUCGUGCCCAUGAUCACUUCACAGCUCAUGGUCGAAAAGCUUCGCGAGCUGCGCGCCGAGGUAGUGCAGAUUGGCGAGAACUGGGCAGCUGCCGAUCGACACCUCCGUGAAGUCGUAAUCCCGGAAUUCGAGAGAGACCACCCAUCCACAAGAGCCGUCUACGUGCCUCCAUUCGACCACCAGGACAUCUGGGAUGGCGCCGAAACCAUGGUCGCCGAGCUCAAGACGCAGAUGUCCGAGUCUUUCGACGAGCAGAUGGACGCCAUAAUCUGCAACGUUGGGGGAGGCGGUCUGAUGUGCGGCAUAAUGCAAGGAGUCCAAGAGCUCAAGGACUCUGGCUACGGGAGCCCAAAGGUCGUGGUCGUGGAGACGGAAGGUGGCGAAAGCCUCAAUGCCAGUGUCAAAGCGGGAGAGCUGGUCACACUCUCUAGUAUCACGACUAUUGCAACAUCCCUAGGUGCCCCAAGGGUUGCAGAGGAAGCUUUUGCUUGGACGAAGCGAGCAGGACGGGACCUAAUCAGUGCGGUGGUGACGGAUAAGGAGGCAGUAAUUGCCAUGGUGAAAUUCCUUGACCACGCUAGAAUUCUGGUGGAAAGCGCAUGUGGCGCAACGAUUGCUAUUUUGUACAACGGAGACCUGAGGAAGUACCUAGGUGAGAGUCUUACAGAUGAGGAAUGGGCGAAGAAGAAUGUAGUUGUCGUUGUCUGCGGCGGCUCCAACAUCAACUUGGAAAUGCUAGAGAAUCUCAAGAAUAUUCCUGCCAUCGAGAACCUCGAUGCGUUACCGAUCCUCGCAGCUUACAGAGACCCCAAAGACUUCCCGCAGUACGCUAUCAUACAGCUCGAGGCCAGGGACAGCAUUCCGGGCAAAUUUGUGGGGCUCAUUGUACCCAUGUAUAUCAGGACCUUUGCCGGCGAGAACAGCUCCAAGGAGGAUGAUGUCCCUCGCACGGCGAAUGGCGAGGUUCAGAAGCAGAACAACUUUGCGUCCGAGGUUGGCAAAAAGAUGCAGGAACUCGCUCCAGGAGGUGAAUCAAGGAGUUCCACAAGCAGUGGGAAGGGGAACUCAUCGAAACAAGAGCACAGUAAGAGCGGUUCCAAAUAG